AUGGAGUCAAAGCACGGAGCAGAAAAUGUUGCAACUUCGAGCGGGCACAGCGGACAAAUGACUGCGGUAAGCAUAAAACUACCGCCGUAUUGGCCUGCCGAUCCGUACGUAUGGUUCGCCCAGGUUGAGGCCCAGUUUACUACCAGACAUAUCACAUCAGAGGCCACGAAAUACGCGUAUAUUGUGUCUGCCCUCACCCCCGAAAUUGCUCAGGAAGUGCGCGAUUUGCUACUCGCCCCUCCUGCAGAGAACCCUUACAAAACUUUGAGAGAAGAACUAAUCAAACGAACAUCAGCAACUGAACAGAAACGCCUUCAGCAACUCCUCAAUGACGAGGUGCUGGGCGACCGUAAACCCACCCAGUUGCUUCGCCAUAUGAGACAAUUACUUGGGGAACGCGUGCUUGAGGAAUCAAUCCUCCGCCAGCUAUUUUUGCAGCGACUACCACCCAAUGUGCAAAUGGUGUUGGCAUCAACUGGAGAAAGUGUCAAGUUGGAGCCGUUAGCUGAACUUGCCGACAAAAUCAUGGAUGUUGCCUUUCAGCAGCAGCCCGUGAAAGUCAACUCGGUUGCACCAGUAACAUCUGCAUGUACCCCCGCCAUGCCUGCACCGCUGACAGAACUGGAACUCCUGCGAAAGGAAAUCGGUCAACUCUCGCUUCAAGUACAAGCCUUGUCACGCCGCCCACGUUCUCGCAGUCGACCCCGUAAUCGCUCGCGAUCACAGACACCUACUCCAUCCACCGGAGAUUCGGCAGCCGCUGAUCUCUCUUCCUGGUGUUGGUACCAUGCGUCUUUCGGUGACCAAGCUCGCAAAUGCCGUCAGCCAUGUCAGUAUCCGGGAAACGCAACCGCCAGCAACUAA